UCACGUGCCCCACUAGGCUCGCCCCCUGGGUUCGGCUGCGCGCGCAGACUCUGCACCUGGCAGUGGCUGCUCUGGGCUCGUUGUCACCAGGACAACCGGCCCCGCCGUAGUGCGUCUGCCAUGGUUUUCUCAAACAAUGAUGAAGCCCUCAUUAACAAAAAGUUACCCAAAGAACUUCUGUUAAGAAUAUUUUCCUUCUUGGAUAUUGUUACUUUGUGCCGAUGUGCGCAAGUUUCUAAGGCAUGGAAUGUCUUGGCUCUGGAUGGAAGUAACUGGCAAAGAAUAGAUCUUUUUAACUUUCAGACAGAUAUAGAGGGUCGUGUGGUGGAAAAUAUUUCCAAAAGGUGUGGUGGGUUCCUGAGACAGCUUAGUUUGAGAGGAUGUCUUGGUGUUGGAGACUCCGCUUUGAAGACAUUUGCACAGAACUGUAGAAACAUUGAACAUUUAAAUCUAAACGGAUGUACAAAAAUUACUGACAGCACGUGUUAUAGCCUUAGCAAAUUCUGUUCCAAGCUGAAACAUCUGGAUCUGACAUCGUGUGUAUCUAUUACAAACAGCUCUUUGAAAGGUUUAAGUGAGGGUUGCAGAAAUCUGGAACAUUUGAAUCUUUCCUGGUGUGAUCAGAUUACGAAGGAUGGUAUUGAAGCACUGGUGAAAGGGUGCAGUGGACUAAAAGCACUGUUUCUUAGAGGUUGCACACAGUUGGAAGACGAAGCACUGAAACACAUUCAAAAUCACUGUCGUGAACUUAUAAUCCUGAACUUGCAGUCAUGCACACAAAUUUCAGAUGAAGGCAUUGUAAAAAUUUGUAGAGGAUGCCACAGACUUCAGUCACUGUGUGUUUCUGGUUGUAGCAACCUUACAGAUGCUUCUCUCACAGCCCUUGGUCUAAACUGUCCGAGAUUGAAGAUUUUGGAAGCUGCAAGAUGUUCCCACCUGACGGAUGCAGGUUUUACACUUUUAGCACGGAAUUGCCAUGAACUGGAAAAGAUGGACUUAGAAGAGUGCAUUCUGAUAACCGAUAACACAUUGAUACAACUUUCUGUUCACUGUCCUAAACUGCAAGCAUUGAGCUUAUCUCACUGUGAGCUGAUCACAGAUGAUGGGAUUCUGCAUCUGAGCAACAGUACCUGUGGUCAUGAAAGGCUCCAGGUCCUCGAGUUAGACAAUUGUCUUCUUAUCACCGAUGUGACCCUAGAGCACCUGGAGAACUGCCACAGUUUGGAGAGAAUUGAGUUAUAUGACUGUCAGCAAGUCACACGAGCAGGAAUCAAAAGAAUAAGAGCUCAUUUACCUGACGUGAAAGUUCACGCCUACUUUGCUCCAGUCACCCCUCCUCCUUCUGUAGGAGGUAGUCGACAGCGACUCUGCAGGUGCUGUAUUAUUCUUUGACAGUAGGAGCAUCAGCAAAGGAAGAUUGUGGAAACAAAAUCAGACUGCAAAUGGCUUGCAGAGUGUCAGUUUCUUAACUGCCGUAGGAGUGAUGUUGCCGUCAUCCAAUUUUGUGCUGGUACUGACUCAAAGGUGUUUUCACAGGUAAAAAGUCUUAAUGUUACAUGCGGAUGUGGAGUAACUGAUGCUCUCUCUUUUUUUUUUUAAUUACAUCUACUCCACCAUCCCUGCUGUUGAUAGGACAAUCCGAGUACCAUUUGCUAAUGUAGAGUGGGGUAUUGCAGAGUUGUAGAUACUCAGUGAAAGCCCCAACCCUGUACGCCUCACUAAACUGGAAUAUUAGUUCCUAUUUGUAAGCAUAAUUCAGGGUCUUAAUCCAGCAUGAGUCCAAACUGCUGUUGUACAAUACACACAACCAAUUACAUCAUCAGGUUUAAGGACAAAUCAGCUUUAGCAGAAGUUGACCAAAAAAGGGAAAGUAAUCAUGAAAAACAGCUUCCUAUUUUGCUACAGUUUUUAAUUUCUACAAAAACUCCCCACCAUGUUAAGAGGUAGUAAACCUCCAGAAAACUAUUUAAUUUAAUUUAAACUUUGUUUUAUACGAAAGAGCACUCCUCAAAUUGUUGAAUAUUUCUCUAAAGAGUCUUAAGUGUUACCAAGUAGGUUAGGCUAAGAAAGGUAUGGCAGUUUGUGCCCUGUUCACAGGUCUUUUUAUAUGCUCUAGCUGAGUAGGUAGAGCUGUUUACACUAAUAGUGGCUGAAAGAAUAUUUGUGUAUGGUACUUAUACUUCCCGCAUUGCAUCUCCCCAUUUAAUCCUAAACAGCAGCUUUGGGGGGGGGGGGGGGGGGUGUAUUACUGCCUUUUUUACAGAGUUAACUUAAUUUGCUCUAGGUCAUAUCCUAAAUCUGUGACAAAGCAAGGAACUGAAUGCUAGGCUCCUGCAUCCCAGGCCUGUACCCUAACCAAUUAGCUGAGUGGUUAUCAACCUGUGGUCUAUGGACCCCCUUUGGGGGCCAUAGACUAUUCAGAUUUCCAAAGGGGUCUGCAACGAAAAAAGGUUGAAAAUCACGGGGUUAAGUAAUUUAAUGUAGUUGACAUGGCUGAGCAGAUUGAGAGCCCAAACAAGCAGUGGUUUUUGUUUCCUUAAAGAAGGAAAGUUUUGAAGCCAGACUUUUCAGAAACAGAGAGCGUUCAACAUGACAAUUACAUUAAUACCUUUAACCUUUUUUUUAAUCUGGUAGGGUGACAUCAAGGCCUCAUUGACAUCAGUAGGCCAGAAUUUCAGCUGUAGAUUUAAGCCUUCUACAAAGGAGAGUGAAAUCUGAAUGUAAAACUACAAGUCUAAGGGGGAAGCUACAUUUUUAGUGUGCACGGCAUUUCUCUGUAUACUCACUUAGGCACCCAAGCUCAACAUUAGCCCCUGAAAGGAAAAUAUCUUGGGCUUAAAAAAGACUGGUCAACUGAUAUAGUGUUUAAGUCCUGAAAAUGAUGUAAUGUAAUUUGACAAAAACUAAUAGACAUUCCCCCCCUUAAUGGUAAGGCAAUAUUUCCAGUAUGUGUAGCCUAAGUUAUUGGCAAAACAUAGCUGAAUGCAGUAUGUACGUUUACACCUCACCCUUAAAACUGAUCUUAAUCUGGAAUGUUUAGAACUAUGUUUUAAAACGUUUAUGUGAAAAUUUAAGGCAGCUUUUGACAGCUGCACUUCUGUUGUAUGCAGAUCUGUGAACUUAAGAUACUGACAUAGCUGAAAAUCUCUAUGAAUAUGGUAUAAAGACCUAGUAUUAAACUUUGGGGGGGUUCAGCUUUGCAGCAACAGCAAAAAUUCCUGGAUUAGUUUUCAUAUUAUGUGUAUACUUGUAUUAUCAAGAUUCUCAUUUAUGGAAUUUUCUUAGCAGAACAUUGGGGGAAGACCAAAAUUAAAUGUGAACUCAGUGCAACUUGUCAGAAUGAGUAGUUGUGUGUUGCCUUAGGUUUGGCUCAUUUUUAUGGAUCUUAUUGUGAGGGCAUUAAAGUUGUACAAAAACCAAAAUUUAACAUAUGCUUACACUAAGAAAAAUGAUAUAGGAAACAAAUAAACGAUCAGCUGAUAAUUUA